AACCGCCUCUGUGCCGCCUCGACUCUCUCCCAUCCACUGUUGGAUAGGAAACAAAUGUGCCCCUGGACAUGCCAGGGCUUAAAAUAGAUGUGAAGACUGCAGCCUUUUUUCUUCCUUGCAGCCAUAGCGUCAGGAGCAGCAGCAGGAGCAGCAGGACAAAGAAGGGGAGAAAUGGCUGGGUAGAUCUGCCAGCCUACUGAGAAAAAUCACAGCUUUGACAAAGGGUCAGAACAGACAUCCAGAAUGCAGCAGAUACAGGAAGUGCCCAACCUCAUGGGAACCUAGCAGUGUUAUGAUGCUACUGAUACCAUUCCUCAUUCUUUUUCAGACUAGAAACCGACCGUGGGUGGUGGUCACAGCAGAAACACUGUCCCAGCCCCAGCCCAGCCUCCUGAAGCAGCCCGGGAUGCAACAAGGGGCACAGCAGCACCCAUGGCCUUCAUGUCUCGGUUCUCCCGGAAUACAUCCAGACCUCCUGUCUGGAGGACUCAUGAUGACACAGUCAACCAUCCCAUCCUCAGUGUUUUUGAGCUGGAGAGACUCCUGUACACGGGGAAGACAGCCUGUAACCAUGCUGAUGAGGUGUGGCCAGGACUUUACCUGGGAGAUCAAGAUAUAGCAGCCAACCGGCGGGAGCUAGCACGACUGAACAUCACUCACAUCCUCAAUGCUUCUCAUAGCAAGUGGCGGGGAGGUGCAGAUUACUAUGAAGGCACUGGCAUAUGCUACCUAGGCAUUGAGGCACAUGACUCGCCCACCUUCGAUAUGAGCCCCUACUUUCAGCCAGCAGCAGAUUUCAUCCACAAAGCACUGAGCAGGACUGGAGGGAGGAUCCUUGUUCACUGUGCUGUGGGGGUAAGCAGAUCAGCCACUCUGGUCCUUGCCUACCUCAUGAUUUACCACCGCUUGACCUUGGUGGAGGCCAUAAAGACCGUCAAGGAUCACCGAGGCAUCAUUCCCAACCGGGGUUUCCUGCGCCAGUUGACUACCCUGGACAACUCCCUCAGGCUGAAGCAGAGACCAUAAGUGGAUGAGUCAUUGGGAAACCAUGACAGCGUAGUUUCUAUUGAUAGACUUGAGGUAUUUCUAGCCUUAUUUUGGGCUCAGGUAACCCUGACCUUCCACAGACCCUGCCUCACAGAAGUUCAGCUAUAACAUUUCAAGAUGUACAAGGUCAUCAACCUCUAAUGUUCUCAGAAGUUAGGUUCAGGUGUCAUCUGGAGGUGAACAAGUUCAGGUUUCUGAGAGGAAGAUGUUUUAUUUCUCCCUCUCCCAGUUGGCUUUCAAAAGCCAUUUUCCAAGACAAUGUCCCAACCUCAUACUGAGGAAGCUUUAAUGCUGAAAUUCCCAUGGAGUGAUAUGUGUUGUUACCGGUUUCCUCCUAUUUGCUUCUAGCUUUUGUUUUUAAAAAGUGGGUAAGCCCCAAUGUAUUUUAACAAUCAAAAUAAAGUUCUGCAGAACAUAA